AUGACUAAGACAUGUGAUAUGAAAAGAAUUUCAUCAAUGAGUGAAAACGGCAAGAAUGAUGAAGUAGAGCUUGAACUUAUUCACCUUCUUGGCCAAUUGAAUGAUGCAAUGAAAAUUCUUGAAAACUUAGACGAAACAAACCGCGAAGCUUUAAUCCAAACGAUUACUUCGAUGAUUAAUUCAUUUAAUAACUUACACAAGCUUGAAUCUGGCGUAGUAGGUUCAGUACCUAACCAGCUUAUAGAACAGAUAGAUCAAGGCAACAAUCCAGAUGAUUUCUCCAAGAAGUUGGUAGAAGAAUGUAGACAAAGUGCUAAGCGCGUUGAAGAAAAGCAGAAAUGGAUGCAGGCAUUCAAGGAGAAACUCGAUGCAAGCAUCGAAGCUAACUUCAAGAAUUAA